AUGAAGGAUGUCGAAGAGGCCCACAGAAAAGAUGACCAGAUGACAGGCCUCAUCGUUACGCUCAGGACAAACGAUGGUACGUCGUUGGAAAGGAUGUGGAGAAGUCCCAAGCCCAAGCCGUUUGCGCGGGUUAAGGAAGAGCUUACGGUCACCGACAAUGACCUGAUACUCAGAGGAACAAGACUGGUGGUGCCAAAGAGUCUGCAAAUGCGUGCUGUUGAAGUCGCUCACAGAGGGCACCAAGGGAUCGUUAAAACGAAGCAACUGAUGAGCGAAAAGGUAUGGUUUCCCGACAAGGGCACGAUGAUAGAAGACACGGUGCGGAACUGCGAAGCAUGUCAGUGCACGGUGGCGGAGAAGACACGCACGCCACUACAGAUGACUUCGUUGCCAGAUGUUCCCUGGCAGUCUGUUGUUGCUGACUUUGCAAGCCCGUUGCCAGGUGGCAAGUACCUACUAGUUGUGGUGAACGAAUAUUCCAGGUUCUUGCUUGUUGUAGAAAUUCCGCCGUUGAACACAUCAACUGUAACAUCCAACUUGUUCGACAUGUUGACCGUCCAUGGGAUCCCUGAUAAGCUAAAGAGCGAUAAUGGCCCGCCAUUCUUCGGAAAAGAUUUUUCCAAUUUCUUGGAGGAGCAAGGAGUUCGCCACCACCGUGUCACACCUCUAUGGCCUGAAGCCAAUGUCGAGCGGUCGAGCGGUUUGUCAAGAACAUAA